GGCAACAGUGACCGUCACUCAUGAGCAAGCCCAACAACAAAUGUCAAAAUUUAUUGAGUGCAAACAAACUAGAUGUAAAAAAGUUGCGCACCAAAGACUAUUAAUUAAUAAAAGUAAUAUUUUACUUGAACAAGUGAUUGUGCAUGUCCUUUGCACUAACACACUACAAUGACAAGUGACGAAAAAAGCAGUUACGACUCCAGCGACAACAGUGGGACAGAGGAGCGCCGCACCAAGCACAAGAAGCCGAAAAAGCACAAGAAACACAAAAAGACAUCCUCAGCCAGCAAAAGUGAUAAGGUGCACAAGAAGCACAAGAAAUCGAAGAAGAGUCACCAUCGUCACAGUGAAUCUUCAAAUGCAUCCGAGAAGCAUCAACGUACCUCCUCCAGUGGCCAGAGCCUUAGCAAUAAGUUCACUGAGAUUAUGCAGGCGAGCCGGGAGCGCAGUACAAUUCUGGCCCCCAAUGGAGUCGAUUUUCGCAUCAUUAAGCCAAAUAUGCAGACAGAUCCUUGCAGUCUAGUCGAGGAGAUUACGAAAACCAUUCAGAAUAAGGUGAUGCCCGUGCUGGAGGUGGCCAGUUCCGGCAGUGAGAGUGAAGUCGCCGUCGAUGUGGCCAGUCCGGUGCUGCCACCAAAGCUCGAGGAUGAGCUCAACUUGGAGGAGCUGAUGAAGCAAAAGGCACUGCUGCAGGCACGUCUGGGCGCCUACAUGUCCGACCCGGAGUGCGAUGAAAGUCGCUCUAAUCAGGGGUUGGUCAAGCGCGUGCGUGAUGAGAGUACCGAACGCCGCCGCCAGCUGCAGCAUCAGCGUGAGCGGGAGCGAGAGCGGGAGCAGCAGACCAAGCUGGCAGCUACUGAGGCGCCGAAGCGCAGGCUGAUCUCGCAGUCUGCAGCACCGCUGGCAACUGCAACUAGUAAACAUGUUAAUAAUAAACAAUCUAGCAUCCAUAACUCAAACGAAUCCGAUGUUAUAUUAUUGGAUGAUUCUAGCGGUGGUCAGAGGACUCCCUCACCCACACCAGAGAAGCGACGACGUCAAGCCUCGCCCGCAGUCCAGCCCAGGAACCGAAGUCGUGCCCGUGAUGACCCAACCGGAGCAGCGCGACGACAGCAGGAUCGAGAGGUUCGUGAUCGACGAUCUCGUGACCGUGUGCCGCGAGAGCAACGCAGUCGCUCGCCGCGCCGGCGUGUAGAGCAACAACAACAACAACAACAUGGUCGGGGUGACCAGAGACGCCACCAUCAAGAGUACAACAGGAAUAUGGAGGAUCUGCGCCAGGAGAUCAAUCGCGACAAGCAACGCGAACGACGCGAUCAAAGUCGGGAUCGUGACCGAAAGCCAGAGAGGGAUAAUCGACAGCCGGCGGAGCGCGGAGGACGUCCCAGAGAGCGGGAACGGGAGCGCUGGAACCGUCCACGUUCCCAUAGCCGCAGUAAAAUGGAGUCGGACAGGCGACGUGAACGGGAACGUCAGCAGCAGGACGGCCGAGGCGGAGAGCGUGGUGGACGCGGAGCACGCGGCUCUGGCAACGGCAUUGGCGACCGUGAUCGAUACAAAGGCUCCCUGAGUGAGGGCCAGAAAAUGCAUGAGAAGGAGAGCAGCGAUGAGGAAGUCAGUCUUGACAUUGACAUCAAUGAAGAUGAUGAUGACGAGGAGCGCAUUAUUGAGAUGCGUCGCAAGCAGCGCGAGGAGCUGCUAAAGAAACUGGGCACCAAUGAGCAGGAAUCGCGUACGACAAGUCCAACACCUCGCAAGUCCAACUCCUACGAAUCCAGAAGCACUUCUCCUGUUUCAUCUAGACGUGACUCAAGACAGCGCACACCAUCUCCAACAAUAAAAGAGAAGGAAGAGGACGAGGAACAGUCAGAAGUUAAGUCUUCGGAACCUUUUGACGCCAAUACUUCGAAGAACAGCGCGGUAAAGGAGAAACGCAAUGAUUGGGAUAUGUUUGCCGACCAGGAUGUGGAUUCCAAUUUCGAUUCACCCAGCACCAUUGUGCACAACAAGCAUCAAAUUGAGAAUCCCGCACUGACAGACAAUUGGGAUGAUGCCGAGGGUUAUUAUCGUGUACGCAUUGGCGAGGUUCUGGACAAUCGCUACCUGGUCAGCGGCUAUACUGGACAAGGCGUCUUCAGUAACGUGGUGCGGGGUCGAGAUCAGGCACGUGGUGCCGCCAAUGUGGCCAUUAAAAUCAUACGCAACAACGAGAUCAUGCACAAAACGGGUUUGCGAGAACUGGAAGUACUUAAGAAGCUUAAUGAUGCCGAUCCUGAUGAUCGCUUUCAUUGCCUGCGUUUGUAUCGUCACUUCUUUCACAAGCAGCAUCUUUGCAUGGUAUUUGAACCACUUGCUAUGAAUCUGCGCGAGGUUCUCAAGAAAUAUGGCAAGAAUGUGGGACUUCACAUCAAGGCGGUGCGCAGCUAUACACAGCAAUUGUUCUUGGCCCUCAAAUUGCUUAAGAAGACGGGAAUUCUACAUGCGGACAUCAAGCCAGAUAAUAUUCUGGUCAAUGAGAAUAAUCUUAUACUGAAACUGUGUGAUUUUGGGUCCGCUUCUGGUAUAAGUGAGAACGACAUAACGCCUUAUUUGGUAUCACGUUUCUAUCGUGCACCAGAGAUUAUUUUGGGCAUACCCUAUGACUAUGGAAUUGAUACGUGGUCGGCUGGAUGUACCAUCUACGAGCUGUACACUGGCAAGAUAUUGUUCAGUGGCAAAAGCAAUAACCAGAUGCUCAAGUUCUUUAUGGAUGUCAAGGGCAAAAUACCUAAUCGUAUUGUACGCAAGGGACAGUUCCGAGAGCAGCACUUUGAUCAGAGUUGUAAUUUCCUCUAUCACGAGAUUGACAAGCUGACCGAGCGAGAAAAGAUUGUUGUGAUGCCAGUUGUGAAACCUUCACGGAAUUUGCAACAGGAGCUAAUUGCUGAUCAGAAUCUGCCCGAUGAUCAGCAUCGUAAAGUUACACAACUCAAGGAUCUGCUUGAGAAUAUGUUUGCACUUGAUCCGGGCAAGCGUAUCUCUCUGAAUCAGGCGCUAAUGCAUCCCUUUAUACAGGAGAAAAUGUAGAUGAGACAACAGAAUAAACGUAAUUCAAUAUUUCCUAGACAGUAAGCAAUUUCGUUAGCGAUAUUAGUUACAAGUUAUCUAUCGUUAUUAAAAAAAAAACAAAAACAAAACAAAAAUACAAAAGAACUUCACUCCACUCGAACUCCAAAUACCACUCACCCCGACACAUUUAAAAUAUAUAUAAUACAAUAAUUAUAUAUGAAGAAUGUACAUAAGUUUAGUGGUUUUUGUUGUACUUUUCGCGUGCUUUUUGAAUCGAAUUAUAUAAGCGAAUCCGAUUGUUAAGUGUGUGCGAGCUUUCAACUUGAAUAAGAAUAUCAAAUAAGUACAAUAUAUGUAUAUGCAUGUAUGGAAAUCAGAACAAA